CGCAUUGCGCGCCUAAUCCGCCUGCUGCCGUCCAGAACCCGGAGCAGCCUGCAGCUAUGUAGUCCAUAUUGUCUUAUCAGAUUUUAUUUAUUCUCUGAGGAGUGGUGACAGGCGACUGAUCUCUGGAGACUACAGGAGAGUUGAGACUUCAUCUUGGGGAGACUGGAGAGGAUAUAAUUGUUGAUCGUGUUUGGUUACUUCGUGUAUGGUGUAUACAGGUUAGCUGUAUGACAUUCGUAGUUAUUGAAACUACCAUUUGCUAGUUGCGUUCUAUUAUCGACAAUCACAAAUUAACGGUUAUUAUUCAGCAUUAAGUGUACUGAGUGUAGGUAUUGCGGAAUUCAAUCUUACUGUGAAGUGUGGAUAAGAUUUGUGUUAACUGUAAUUCAAACCGUUUAAGCGAAUCCAGUGAAUCGGGACUACCAUUUGACAACAACUAAAAGGUUGUCAUUAUGAGUAAACGCAGAGCAGGUAAUGAACUAACCAAAGACAAUUGGGACGAAGAAGAAGAAAAAGUAGACCCAGGAGUAUUUAAAGUAGCAGACGAUUCUGUAUUAAAAAACAGAGUUCUGAAAAGAGCUAAAAGAACAUUACAAAGAGAUGAGUCUGGUGAACUGAAACCAAUAUUUUCUGGAUUUUCUGGAUUCAACAGUUUAUCCAGUAAUUUGAAUUCUAAACAAGCUUUUUCCUUUUUGUCAAAAUCAAAUGACACACCCAGUGAGAGUGGAAAUCAUCCAUCUGCAUCAACAAUUAAUUCGUUGACCACAUCUAGUAGCUUAACAUUUUCAGAAAGUAACAGUUCCAAAAGUUUGACUCCGCCAAUUGUUAAUCAUGUUAAGGUGAUGAAACUUAAUGAGGCAUUUGUCAAAUUUAUUACAAAUGCUGUGCAGAAAAAUCCUUAUUGUGUGCUAACUCCAUCAUUGAAAGACUAUGAAAAACAAAUAAACAAAUUUGUCGAUCUUACAAGUUUUAAAACAAACACUCCUGAUACUUCAAUGGCCUCUACCUCAGCUUCUACUAAAGGAUCUCCUCAAAUAUCGGUAAUGGAAAAUAAAACUAUGCGUACAAAGAACUCUGAUGAAGUAAAAAAUAAUUCUGUUAAUGUCCAGAGAAGUGAAACUAGUUUUAUAAAUCCAAUUGGAAAUAUUUCUAGCAAUGAACAAUUGUUUAGUUUUGGUAAUAAAAGCGAAGACACUAAUGCCAAAGAAUCAAGUACAAACAUUUUCAAACUUGAUAAAACGGUCACAGAACAUACAGAAGACAAAAAUGUAGAAACAAAAUUGCCACCAUUGUCUUCAGAAGAAUCAACGAAUACACUACCAGUGACUAAUGGAUUCAAGUUGGGCGAUUUCAAAUUUAACAAUCAGUCAUCGUCAACUUCUUUUUCUAGCAAGUCUCCUGACUUUAAAUUUAGUGAUGAAAAAACAUUGCCAUUUAAUUCUAAUGAUAAAAAAACAUCUCCCUCAGGUAAAGAUAAACCUGUUAUUUGCAAAACAUUAAACACAAAGCCUCCAUUUAAUUUUGGAAGUACCCUACCAUCCUUUUCAUUUAAAUCUACAGAACAAAAUAAUUCUAAGCCAUUCUUUAGUUUUGGAUCAAAAUCGCCUACCUUGACAUUUUCCUCUGAAAAUUUGAAGACUUCUCAGGAACCCCAAAAGCCAGUAGAUGAAGAUGAAGAUCAACCUCCAGUUGUGAAUUUUACACCUAUUAAAGAGAAUGAUGCAAUUUUUGAGUCUAAAAGUAAACUAUUUUGUUUUAAAAAUGGUAAAUAUGAAGAACUUGGGGUUGGUCAAUUGUAUUUAAAACCAGUUGAUGAUAAAAAAAUACAACUAAUUAUGAGGAAUGAUAGUGCCUUGGGAACUAUUAUGGCAAAUACGUUACUGAACGAAUCUGUUAAUUUUACUAAACGCAACGCUAAAAAUGUUCAAUUAACAUGUGUUCUCGAUCCUACAAAAAGUACCAAACCGCAAACGAUUCUAUUCAAAUUUAAGGAUUCACAAAUCACUGAUUCAUUUGAAAAUGAACUAAUCAAAUUAAAGAAGUAAUCCCAAUACUAAGUUUUCAGAUUAAACAUAAUUGUUUUUCUUAUUUAUGUAAUUUAAUGUUCUUCCAGACUAUUAUAGAUGAAUAAAGAUGCAUACUAUUGUGUGAGAAAUUGUGUUGUAGGUUUCAUUAAUAUUAAAUAAACAAUAGAUAAAAUAA